ACAGCUAAAACCGCGUCCGCGUGAAGUUUGCGCCCAGUUGGGACACGAGACAGGUCUGGACUACAAUGAUGGUCACUAUUCUCCUAAGUAUCUGCUCUUUGUUUAUUCUCUUCCCUUAUUCUCAUCAACAAAAUUAUAGUUUAAGUCUGUCGUUUAAUCAUCAAAGCAUCCCAUCAGAUGCCAGCGGGAGAGUCAGUGUAACUGAUAUCAGCAAGCAUGUUGGACAAGACAAUGCUCUUGCUUGUCUGUAUAAAACAGCAACAUUAAGUCGAUACUCUCGUCUUUUUUGGUAUCUUAAUGACUCUAUGAUCCUUUCGACCGGUCACUUUGGAUGGAUCAGCUCAUUAACACUUUGGAAUUUCAUACCAAUGGCCACAUUGUAUCGAGAUUCAAAUGGGACUGCGGUUGAAGGACUCUUCAGAUGUUGCCUUCUAGAUAGAGCUACAAACACUAUUUCCUCAUCUGUCUCAGUU